AUGGAGUGGACGACGGUGCAGCAUCUGGAUCUACGACACGUCGCGCGGAGCACCAAGCCGCUGCAGCCUCAUGCCGCCGCGUUCCAUCCGCAUCAGGCGCUCAUCGCCGUCGCUAUCGGCAACUACAUCGUCGAAAUGGAUGCGUUGACGGGAUGCAAGAUUGCAUCUAUUGAUAUCGGUGUACCUGUUAUCCGCAUGGCAUAUAGUCCCACAAGUGGGCAUGCUGUCAUAGCGAUCCAUGAGGAUGGUACCAUUCGCUCCUGUGAUUUUGAUGCCGAACAAACUUGUGUGUUGCAUUCACCUGAGAAAAAGUUGGAUCAAAUUACUCCUGAUACAGAAGUCCAUCUUGCUUUGACACCACUCCAACCAGUAGUGUUUUUCGGAUUCCAUAAAAGGAUGAGUGUUACAGUUGUUGGGACUGUUGAAGGAGGAAGGGCACCAACAAAAAUAAAGACAGAUUUGAAAAAACCUAUUGUGAAUCUUGCAUGCCACCCUCGCCAUCCUGUCCUGUAUGUAGCCUAUGCAGAUGGUUUGAUUCGAGCAUACAAUAUUCACACAUAUGCAGUUCAUUACACCUUACAGAUUGACAACACCAUAAAGCUUAUCGGUGCCGGUGCGUUUGGUUUUCACCCAACAUUGGAGUGGAUUUUUGUUGGCGAUAGACGGGGUACACUUCUUGCAUGGGAUGUUUCAACUGAGAGACCUAAUAUGAUUGGAAUUACACAAGUGGGUUCCCAACCAAUUUCUUCAGUUUCUUGGCUACCAAUGUUGCGGUUACUGGUAACUGUAACCAGGGAUGGAACUCUUCAAGUUUGGAAGACGCGUGUUAUAAUUAAUCCCAACAGACCUCCAAUGCAAGCAAAUUUCUUUGAACCUGCUGCAAUUGAACCACUCGAUAUCCCUCGCAUACUUUCUCAACAGGGAGGAGAAGCAAAUAUGGCAGGUGCAGACAAUGUGAAGAAUAGAGCCGCAUACACUAGGGAAGGAAGGAAACAACUGUUCGCAGUUUUGCAAGGGGCAAGAGGAUCUUCAGCAUCUGUUUUGAAAGAAAAGCUUUCAUCGUUGGGAUCAUCUGGAAUAUUAGCUGAACAUCAACUUCAAGCUCAAUUACAAGAACAUCAUAUGAAAGGGCACAGUCAGCUUACAAUAUCAGACAUUGCUCGGAAGGCUUUUCUCCACAGUGUAUGCCAUGCCAAAAGUGCCCCCAUAUCUCGGCUGCCUCUAAUUACUAUUGUAGAUUCUAAGCAUCAUCUGAAGGAUGCUCCUGUAUGUCAGCCGUUUCACCUGGAGCUGAAUUUCUUCAGUAAAGAGAAUCGGGUUCUUCAUUAUCCUGUCAGAGCCUUUUGUAUAGAUGGAUCAAACCUUAUGGCAUAUAAUCUGUGUUCUGGAGCAGAUAGUAUCUACAAGAGACUUCAUACAUCGGUUCCUGCAAACGUGGAAUACCAUCCAAAGUACCUGUUCUACAGUAAAAAACAGCACAUAUUUCUUGUUGUGUAUGAAUUUAGUGGUGCUACAAAUGAAGUUGUGCUUUACUUUGAAAAUUCUGAUUCUCAGGCAGCAAAUAGUAAAUGCACCACCAUAAAAGGUCGAGAUGCAGCAUUUAUUGGCCCCAACGAAAAUCAGUUUGCAAUUCUUGAUGAUGAUAAGACUGGACUGGCUUUACAUAUCCUGCCUGGAAAGGCUACUCCAGAAGCUAAUGAAAAAAAUCUACUCGCUGAUGAAAACCAAUCUAUGAAUACCGAAACCAGUGCCCCCCAAGGUCCGAUGCAAUUUUUGUUCGAAACUGAAGUUGAUCGAAUCUUUUCCACUCCAAUAGAGUCAACUCUGAUGUUUGCUUCUCAUGGGGAUCAGAUUGGCUUGGCAAAGCUGGUUCAAGGAUACCGCCUUUCUAAUGCUGGCGGUCAUUAUAUAGCAACAACAAAUGAAGGAAGAAAGUCAAUCAAAUUGAAACUCAAUGAAAUUGUACUUCAGGUUCACUGGCAAGAAACUCUUAGGGGCUAUGUUGCAGGAAUAUUAACUACACAAAGAGUGCUUAUAGUUUCGGCAGAUCUAGAUAUACUGGCAGGAAGUUCUGCAAGAUUUGAUAAAGGGCUUCCUUCAUUUAGAUCGCUUUUAUGGGUUGGGCCUGCGCUUCUCUUUUCUACAACAACUGCAGUUAGUGUGCUCGGUUGGGAUGGGAAAGUGAGGACUAUACUCUCUAUCAGUAUGCCGUAUGCAGUCUUGAUUGGUGCGCUGAAUGACCGCUUGUUGCUUGCUACCCCAACAGAGAUAAAUCCCAGACAAAAGAAGGGAGUUGAGAUUAAGAGUUGUCUUGUUGGGCUCCUUGAACCUCUUCUUAUUGGAUUUGCCACAAUGCAAGAAAGAUUUGAGCAGAAGCUUGACCUGCCAGAGAUAUUGUAUCAAAUAACAUCAAGGUUUGAUAGCCUGCGUAUCACUCCAAGGUCUCUUGAUAUUCUUGCCAGAGGAUCUCCUGUUUGUGGAGAUCUUUCUGUCUCAUUAUCACAAGCAGGACCACAGUUCACACAGGUGUUGCGUGGUGUCUAUGCUAUCAAAGCUCUCCGCUUUUCUACUGCUUUAUCUGUUUUGAAAGAUGAGUUUCUGCGCUCUAGAGAUUAUCCAAGGUGUCCUCCAACAUCUCAUUUGUUCCACCGGUUCCGGCAGUUGGGCUAUGCAUGUAUCAAGUUUGGUCAGUUUGAUAGUGCAAAAGAGACCUUUGAAGUUAUAGCAGAUUAUGAAAGUAUGCUCGAUCUGUUUAUCUGCCACCUUAACCCCAGUGCCAUGCGUCGUCUUGCUCAAAAAUUGGAAGAAGAUGGCACUGAUUCAGAACUAAGGAGAUACUGUGAGAGGAUUUUAAGAGUCCGCUCUACUGGAUGGACUCAAGGCAUUUUCGCUAACUUCGCUGCUGAGAGUAUGGUUCCAAAAGGUCCUGAAUGGGGUGGUGGGAACUGGGAAAUAAAAACCCCAACUAACAUGAAGGCAAUACCUCAGUGGGAACUGGCUGCCGAGGUGAUGCCAUACAUGAGGACUGAUGACGGUCCCAUCCCAUCUAUUAUUGCUGAUCAUAUUGGUGUUUACUUGGGUUCCAUCAGAGGACGAGGCAACAUCGUAGAAGUAAGGGAAGAUAGCUUGGUCAAAGCUUUCAAAUCCGCAGGUGGUGACAAUAAGCCAAAUGGAGUUCAGGACUCUUCUGUGAAAUCUGCAUCUGAUGUGUCCAAGGGAGUGCCUGGUGGUGGUUCGUUGAUGGGUCUUGAAACACUUACCAAACAAGUAGCCAGUUCCACUGUGGCAGAUGAACAGGCUAAAGCAGAAGAAGAAUUCAAGAAAUCAAUGUAUGGUACAGCUGAUGGUAGCAGCAGUGAUGAGGAGGGAACUUCAAAAGCUAAAAAAUUACGUAUUCGGAUAAGAGACAAACCUGUUACUUCUACCACAGUGGAUCUUGAUAAGAUCAAAGAAGCCACAAAGCAAUUCAAACUUGGUGAGGGGUUGGCUCGUCCUAGCAGAACCAAGUCAUUGACCGGAUCUCAGGAUCUUAGCCAGAUAUUAUCCCAGCCACCAGCCAAUAGUGGUUUUCCAAAUGUCCGGGUAGGUUCUGCCCCUGGUGAUCUGUUUGGUAUGGAUGCACUAACACAACCUGCAACUGUAUCACAGCAAGCUCCUACGGCACCAGGUGUGGGAAUGACUGCUAGACCAAUUCCAGAGGACUUUUUCCAAAAUACCAUACCGUCCCUCCAAGUUGCAGCCUCACUGCCCCCUCCUGGAACGUAUCUUUCAAGGAUGGAGCAAGCUUCUCAGGGGGUUGAAAGAAAUACGGAAACAUUUAACCAGGUCAAUGCACCCAAACCCAAUAUUGAUCUUCCUGAUGGUGGUGUUCCCCCUCAAGCUACUCAACAGGGUGUUCCACUGGAGUCCUAUGGACUUCCUGAUGGUGGGGUUCCACCACAAGCCCCACGCCAGGCUGCUAUUCAGCAACGGACUCAGAUUCAAUCAGCUCAACCUCCAAUAUCUACUCAGCCUCUUGAUCUUAGUGCCCUUGGCAUUCCGAAUUCUGCUGAUAAUGGAAAACCUUCCGGGCAGCCUCCUUCACCUCCAUCUGCUGUGCGUCCUGGACAGGUUCCCCGUGGUGCAGCUGCUACUACAUGCUUUAAGACUGGAGUAUCCCACCUUGAGCAGAAUCAACUUUCGGAUGCAUUAUCCUGCUUCGAUGAAGCUUUUCUUGCAUUAGCUAAGGACAACUCUCGCGGAGCUGAUAUAAAAGCACAAGCCACCAUAUGUGCUCAAUACAAGAUAGCAGUCACUCUUCUUCAGGAAAUCGGGCGGCUUCAGAGAGUCCACGGCCCUAGUGCAAUUAGCGCAAAAGAUGAGAUGGCAAGACUAUCACGCCACCUGGGUUCUUUGCCUCUUCUGGCAAAGCACAGGAUAAAUUGUAUUCGAACUGCUAUCAAGAGGAAUAUGGAAGUGCAGAAUUACGCUUAUUCAAAACAGAUGCUUGAACUCCUGCUGUCGAAAGCACCUCCAAGUAAACAGGAUGAACUAAGGAGCUUAGUUGACAUGUGUGUUCAAAGGGGUCUUUCCAACAAGUCCAUUGAUCCUCUUGAAGACCCUUCUCAGUUCUGUGCUGCCACACUUAGUCGUCUGUCAACCAUUGGAUACGAUGUUUGUGACCUUUGUGGGGCCAAAUUUUCGGCUCUCGCAACGCCUGGUUGCAUUAUCUGCGGUAUGGGAAGCAUCAAAAGAUCAGAUGCACUUACAGGGCCGGGGCCUGUUCCUUCGCCGUUCGGUUGAUGUUUAAAUCUCAUCAAUAGGAUUUUUUACUAUUUGGCUUGGGUUCCAAGCAUUAUAGAGGGCCUGUGUACGUUUCAACCUUCAAGUAGUUUGUGCCAUACUCGGAGAAUGAUUUGCCAACCGACUCCUGAGAUAAUACCACUGCCCAUUAGGAGGUAUAUAAUGUAUCAUCUACCUAUUUGUAUUUGAGUCUGAUGUCAUGCAUUUGUGAUUAUUUAUAUCCCUUAUAGUUCCAUUUUUUUUUUUUGUCAAUUUCCUCAUAAUCCACCCUUGUAUUGUGAUAGCAAAAUCAUGGAUAUUCCAGUUUUGUGAUUCUAAUUUGUACCAACCUGGAUUUGA